AUGGAGGCGUGGCCAACACUCGUUAUGAUAUGUGUUAUCUUUGAUGCAGUUUGCAAUGGUCAAGAACUCACAACGACUCUGGAGUCAGGAGCCAAACAGGCUGAACAAAAUCUCCGGUUAGGAACCGGUUCCGACCCUGAGAUUUUUGACAGUGUGAAAAGGCCUAUUGUUGCCGCCAUAGGCGACCCUGUACUCCCCACAAUCAUACAUCUAUCUGAUUCAACUGGGAUCUAUCCACCUAAUGGGAUAUCAAACCUAGUGGAGGGUGAACAUCGUCAGUAUACAUGCCAAGUGCCAGACAUCAACCCAGCAGCAAACUUCUCUUGGACUGUGGGAAGUCUACCCUUGACCCCUGAUGGUAAUGAGGAUGUCAAUGGUACAUAUGGAUUGAUCACAAGUAGGAGUAUAGCUACAUUGACAGCUACUUGGAUCAAUCAUGGAGAAAUGUUAAAGUGUCAAGCAACAAACGAUGAUAGCCCAGGAAUAAGCAUCAAUGUAACGCUUGAUGUUAAAGUUCCGCCAAAAGAAUCCUCAGUCUCGCUGUCUUACGCCGGUAAUGAUCUGGUUCCUGGAGGUAAUCUGACCGUAAACCAGGGUGAAGAACAUACUUUGACAUGUACGGUUCAGGGUUCCAGACCUGCUGCAACCAUCGCCGUGUAUCGUAACGGUGUAAUAGAGGAAACUGAGGACCGAACCACAGAAGGGGAUGGAUUGGUGAAUACCACGGAGAACUGGGUAUUUGUUCCACAGAGAAACUACCACAAACAGCGAGUGAAAUGUGAAGCAAAGACCAAUGAGUCAACGACGCCGUACCCAGCUGCUGAUCUCACCCUAGUUGUUGAUGGUCCACCUGACAUCCCUGUUAUAUCAGGUAGUCUUAUAAUGGUUGAGAAUGUGGAAACUAGACUGACAUGCACUGCAGACUUGGGAUAUCCUGAUGACUGGUACUUGGCGUGGUCUAAUGAAGGCACUCCUAUAGAGAACCAACCUGAUACUACAGCAGUCAUAUCGAGAACCAGUGAACGUUUCUUGUUUAUCAGUCGGCUUGACUUUACCCCUAAGAGGCAAGACAACACACACUUCAUUACGUGCACUGCGAGUAGAGCCUCAUGGACUUCAACACCAGAGAAAACAUGGGGUCCUGUCAAUGUCCAAUAUGAGACUAACAUCACCAACAAGCACCAAUCUAAAGUCAGUAUCAGGGGUGGUCUUACAGCAAACCUGACCUGCAUUGCCAAGGGCAACCCCGCACCUAUCAUCACUUGGGCUGAUCCGAACAAUACAGAUAUCAUCAAUGGUGGAAAUGAUAACAAGUACAUGGUGGUAUCAUAUACAACAUCUGAUGCUGAAAUGACUGUUGGAGAUGUGACCACCAGUACACUGAGCAUCUGGGAAGUGGACCCUCAGGUGGACUAUGGAGUGUAUAUCUGCAACAGCAACAAUAACAUUGGACAACCAGACUCACAUGAAAUCAUUGUCAAUGGAACAAGAAGACCAAACGUGCCAACUGGUGUCGUAAUGACAGGCCGUACUUCAAGCUCAAUAGCAGUGCGAUGGUCAGCUGGUUAUGAUGGUGGUGAGGUUCAGUGGUUUCAUGUCAGCCAUGAGAAGACUGCAGACUCCUCAGAGACAUUAAGCGAUAAGAUUGAAGGAGGGGUGACUACAUACAACGUGACUGGUCUCGAGUCAUUCACGGAGUAUGAGAUCAAGGUCUAUGCUGAGAAUGACGUGGGGAGAAAUCCAAGUCCUGGCAGCAUUCUGGAAUACACAUUGCCUGGUGUACCAAGCUCGGCUUUAGGUUUUACCAUAGAGUACAGCAAGAGCAAGGGCACAGUCAACAUAGGUGGGUUGAGAGGCAAUGGUGAAUGCAUUCAGUUGGAGGUGAAGUAUGAAGGCAUCUUAGACUGGACAGAUUGUGGAGAU